GCACAGUUCCUCCCAUCUCUCAUCUCAUCCGUCUGCGCCAACACCCUUAGCGUCACCGUGCUUUGUGAGGUGUUUUUUUUUUUAAUAAAGUUUCAGUGUCCGGACAAUAGCGCAGUGUCAUGGCAGCCCCCGGAGAGACAGCAAACCAUGUGACGGUUUUUUUAGUUUGAGGGAGAAACAUGUCGGUGUCGGGAGAGCAUGGCGGGGUGGAGCUGCAGGGGAAGAGCCUGGCCGAGCUCCUGGAGAUCCUGCACAGGCAGGAGAAACUCAUUAACAAUACGAAAUUUAUUGCAAAACUACCUGACCGAGGAAAAAAAAUUAUGGAGUUUACUGAAAAGGUGAGGCUUGCUAUUGGCGAACAUAUGGAAUUAACAAAUAGAAAGGAAGUGUUGUCCAAAUUAAGAAGGGAGUUUCAAGAGAGACAACAUGAUGGAGAAGAGGCCACAAUAAUUGCAUCAGCACUUGAUUCCAGUAUUCACAUAAACAAGCAAUUGGACAAGAUAGAGACUGAGGCUGCACCCACUAAUUUACUAUUGGCCGAAGAAUAUCCGACCGUGUCUGAAAACGGUGAUACCCAUCACUUGGAUGGAAGUAGUGUUCUUGUUGAAAAAAGUAGAAGUUCUGUUUUGGAUCCUGAUGCUUUGUUGAAUGACUUAAAGAAUAUUACUCUUAAAGAUAUUGGUGAAGAAACUAGCAGGGAUUAUGGUCAAGGAAAAAAUCCUUUUAACAGUUCCAGACAGAAAAAGUCUCAUUUUAUUGAAGUAAUUGAAAAAAGAGCCUUGAACCCAGUGUACAAAAAGGAGAAAUUUAAAACGAACAGGUUGCCACCUGGCUCUGAUUGCUCAACACCUUGCGACUCACCAGUUGAAAAUCAGAUUAAACUCUCUGCGGAAGAAAGAAGAGCGAUAGAAAAGAAACAUCUAGAUGACAUCACAGCCGCCAGGCUUCCUCCACUCUAUCACGCGCCAAGCCAGUUACUUUCUCUAGAGGAAUCGAUAGCCCUUCAGCUCUCACAUAAACAAAGUCACGAGGAAAAUCAAGCCAAACUAGCUGCUCAAAGACUAAUCGAGAAGCUGGGCAUUAAAAUGGAAAAGUUCAACCCUGAAGGAGAUUCAUACAUGAAAUACAGGGAUAUAAGAGACAGCGAAGACUCUGAAAAUUAAGACUAUCCACAACAGAAGCUCUAAAUUACACAACCUAUUAGCAGGAAAUAAAUCUAUCUGUCAAACAUGAAUUAUUUUUAUUGAGUAUACUAAUAACUCCAAUUAGCUCACUUCAGUGUGUUUUUUUUUUGUCUGCUUGAAAGUUCUGUAUUACCUGCCUG